ACUCGAGUUCACCGUUCGAUUCAAGAGACCAAUGAGAACGUCCACAAAAAAUUCAAUUCGUUAGUUGAAAGUCAGAGCGUUAUUGUCAAACAAGCGGAAGAUAAAGGUGAAGAGCAUAAUGAGCAACGAUCACAAAUAGACAAUGGACCUGAUGAUAUUGUUGUUACAGGUGAAUCAGCAAAGAAAAAGAGUAAAACUGAUGAAUUUUUCGAAGAUAUGAGAAAGCGAAAUAUAUAUGUGCUAUGUGAACCAUUUAGAAAAUUAUCGCAAAUGGAUGCGGAGGACCGGUUCGAGAUGAUAGCUAAAAACACUGUUGAAAUUGAACUCCCUGAAGAUAUCAAGGAAUAUCUUCACUGUUUGCUCAACGGACAUAUUAAAAAUGCAUUGUCGGAAGUAGAAAAACCACUUGACGGGGAUGCACGGCCAUUGAUGUUAUGA